AAAAGUUCCGGGAAGGCCCGUUGUCGCUCCCGCUACACGCAGAAGUUCGAGGUGCCCGGGUCCCCAGGAAGGUCCACCGUCAUGUCGUCUGGGGACGCAAGGUCUGGUAGACAGGACGGCACCCCGCGCGCGGCCGCCGCGCUCUGUAGCCUGUACCACGAGGCGGGCCAGCAGCUGCGGCGCUUACAGGAUCAGCUGGCGGCGCGCGACGCCCUUAUCGCGAGCCUCCGCACCCGCCUAGCGGCUCUGGAAGGGGACACGGCGCCGUCGCUCGUGGACGCGCUUCUGGAUCAGGUGGAGCGCUUCCGUGAGCAGCUGAGGCGGCAGGAGGAAGGAGCCACCGAGACCCAACUGCGCCAGGAAGUUGAGAGACUUACUGAGCGGCUCGAAGAAAAAGAGAGAGAGAUGCAGCAGCUGAUGAGUCAGCCUCAGCAUGAGCAAGAGAAGGAAGUCAUCUUGCUUCGGAAAAGUGUGGCAGAGAAGGAACAAGCCAGGGCUGCCAGCGACAUUCUGUGCCGCUCCUUGGCUGAUGAGACCCACCAACUACGCAGGACAUUGGCUGCCACUGCCCACAUGUGCCAGCAUCUGGCCAAAUGUCUGGAUGAACGACAGCAUGCACAGGGAGACAGUGGGGCGGAAAGCCCUGAUGAGCUAGGGCAUACAAGCAGGAAUGCUUCUGGCAAGAGUGUUAUUGAGAAGUUACAGGAAGAGAAUCGACUAUUAAAACAGAAGGUGACUCAUGUAGAAGACCUCAAUGCCAAGUGGCAGCGUUACGAUGCCAGUAGGGACGAAUAUGUGAAGGGGUUACAUGCUCAGCUGAAGAGGCGGCAGGUCCCUCUUGAGCCUGAGCUGAUGAAGAAGGAGAUUUCCAGGCUCAACAGACAGUUGGAGGAGAAAAUAAACGACUGUGCAGAAGCCAAACAGGAGCUGGCAGCUGUGAAGAUGGCCCGGGACACUGCGCUGGAACGAGUGCAGAUGCUAGAGCAGCAGAUUCUUGCUUACAAGGAUGACUUCAAAUCAGAAAGGGCAGAUCGAGAACGAGCUCAUAGUAGGAUUCAAGAACUGGAAGAAAAGGUCAUGUCUUUGAUGUCCCAAGCAUCCCAGAGACAGGUGAAGAAGAUGAGGCACCAAGGGGCUAAGUCACUUCACCAAGAUCACAGGAUUAAGUGGCAGAACUCAUAUUGGAGACCAGGCAUGGAGUGGAGUUGGCCCAAGUAUGUGUCUACAUGUGCUGCAGGUAGCAGAGCUGGAGGGGUAGGGAUGCCCAAGGAGCCCAGUUGAUGCCACCUUGAUUUCCAGAUUCGAGACAGAGUCACAGAAUUGAUUUUGCUUUGGAAUGGUUAUUUUCUUGCUGUCUUCCCACUCCUCCUGUGUGAAAUGGGAAUGUUUAUACUGUGUCAUAUAUUGGAAGUAUAUUAUAACCAGUCUUUUGAUUUAUAAGGGUUCAUAGAGUACCUUGAGUCUCAGAAGAGACCUUGGACUUUGGAACAGUGUUGGGACUGUUAAAGACUGGGAGGAAAUCAGUCAUGAACCAAGGUAAAGCUUAUUGGUGCUUGUGAGAUUUCCAGCAUCGUCAGAAACUUCAAAUUCAGGGUGAGGGACUACAUUUCACUCCAGUUUAGGUCCACAGGUUCUCUGGAAGUUCCAUAUCUUAAAACAGCUUCAGUGAAAGAUUCAGACCCAACGUAGGGUGCUGAUCGGGAGUAAGGCCCAUUGGCACUUGGGGAACUCCAGAACUCACAGCAAAAGUUGAAGAGCCAUGCAGGAGGCACCAGCUGACACAGGACAAAUAGCUGAUCCAAAUAGGAAGACUUGAGAUAGAGCCUCUGGCCCUAAAUACCAACCCCAUAAAGGGAAAUGACACCUCAAGUUUACUGUAACUCAGUUCUCUCCUGAGCACUGUAAAUGCCAUCUCUGACUAUAUAAAGGAGAUUUGAAUAUAAAAACAACAAUAAUACAAAAGAAAUAAAAAUUUAACCAACAUAUUAAUUCCAGAUGGGCAAGUCCCAGCACAGAAACAAAAACAACAUGAAAAACCAAGAUAAUAUGUCUUCCUUUUAAAGAUUAUUAAUUCCAUACUGGCUCCUUCCAGACAAAAGAAUUUAAAAUAAUUAUAACUAUGUUCAAACAGCUUAAAGAAUACAUGAAUGUACUCCGAGAGAAUGAAUACAAAGAGCUAACUGAAAUAAUUUAAAUCAUUCUAAGAAAUGAACAUUGACUUCAAUAUAAAGAACUGCUGAAGAAAAAACAGGCUGAAAUGAUGCUGGAAAUGAAAAACCCAGUAAGCCAAAUUAAAAGCUUCACCAACAGAAUGGAUCAUGUAGGAAACAGAGUAUUAGGGCUGGAAGACAUAUAUAAGGAUAGGAUCAAACAGUUAAAGUCAAUGAGGAAUUUUUUUAAAAAGUGAACAGAAUAUGUGAAAGCUUUGGGACACCAUAAAAACACCAAAUCUUUGAAUUAUGAGCAUCGAAUAGCACACAACCAUAAAAAAUAUAAAUAAUAUUUUUUCUUUAAAAAUUAUUUUAUGUGUGGGUAUUUUCCCUGUAUCUCUGUGUAUCAUGUGUGUGCUCGGUGCUCAUAGAAGCCAGAACAGGGCAUUGGAUGCCCUGGAACUGGAAUUACAGACAGUUGUGGGUCACAAUGAGAUCAAAUCCUGGUCAUCUGAAAGAGAAGCUAGUGCUCUUAAGGCCUAAGCCUUAAAGCUUCAUAAACAAAAUAUUUUCAAUAAAAUAGAAUUUUUCAAAUCUAGAGAAAGAUGCCAAGCUAGAUACAAGAAUCCUACAGAAUAUCAAACAGGAUAAGAAAAUAAGCUCCUGACAGUAUAUUUUAGUUAGAACACAAAAACACAGGUCAAAGAAAGGGUACUGCAAGCUGCAAAAGACAAGGGUCAAACCACUUAUAAAGGCAGGCCCAUCAGAAUAACACCUGAUUAUUUUGCAAACAGACAUUUUAAAGCCAGAAGGGCCUAAAAAAAAAAAUGUAUUCUGAAAUACAGCUCUGAAAGAACAUAACUGUAAAAUGAGAUUAUUACAUCCAGCAAAACUAUUAAAAUUGAAGGAAAUAUAAAAAACUUUCCAUGUUAAAAAGUUUAAAAUAAUUUAUGACCACUAGGGCAGCUCUACAGAAGAUAAUGGAAGGAAUAUUUUGGACUCGAGAAGUAUAAAAAUAAUAAAAGUGUCAUAGGACUAAAUAUUCUUAAGAGGUAAUGAUAAACAUGAAAUCAACAGCCAGGCGGUGGUGGUGCACACCUUUAAUCCCAGCACUUGGGAGGCAGAGGCAGGCAGAUCUCUGUGAGUUCAAGGCCAGCCUGGGCUACAGAGUGAGUUCCAGGACAGGCUCCAAAGCUACACAGAGAAACCCUGUCUCGAGAAACCCAAAAACAAAAACAUGAAAUCAACAGAAUGACAGAAGUCAUUAUACUUUCAAUAAUAACUGCAUAUUAGUAGUCUUAAUUCUUCAAUAAAAAAGACAGAUUGGAUUAGUAGGCUGGAUUAGAAGACAGGAUUCAUCUUUAUGCUGCCUCCAACAAAUACAUCUUACCACCAAAGACAGACAUCACCUUAGUGUAAAAGGGUAGGAAAAGGUAUUCCAAGCAAAUGGAACUAAGAAACAAGUUGGCAUAGCUAUCCUAGUAUCUGACAAAAUAGACUUCAAACCAAAAAUAGAAGAGAUAGGAAGGGCACUUCAUACUCAUCAAUAGAACAAUCCAUCAAGAGGACAUUAUAGCUGGGCAUAUCAGCAUACCCCUUUAAUCCUAGCACUCAAGAGGCAGAGGCAAGCAGAUCUAUAUGAAUUGGAGGCUAGCCUGGUCUAUAUAGACCUUGUCUCAAAAAAAAAAUUGUAAUCCUGUCCCUCCCUCCCAUCCAUCCAUCCAUCCGUCUACACACACAUAUAUAUACAUACGUAUGUGUGUGUGUGUGUGUGUGUGUGUGUGUGUGUGUGUGUGUGUGUGUGUGUAUGUGCCAAGUAUAGGAAAACAUACUUUCAUAAAACACAAUUAGAUGUACAGCCACAGAGUAAUCCUAAGACAGUAUAGUGGGUGACAUCAAUACCUCACUCUCACCAGCAGACCGGUCAUCUGCACAAAAACUAAACAGAGAAGCAUGAGUUAAGUGCCAUCAUAAAUACAAUGGCUGUAACAGAUGUUUAUAGAACAUUCCCCAAAACUCAUCAACUAUUAGGACACGAAGCAAGUCUCAACAAGUGUAUGAAAAUUCAAAUAACAUCCUAUAUUUUAUCUGACCAAAUAAAGCGAAGUAUCAACAGCAAUAGAAAAUAUACAUCUCAUGGCAAUUAUAUAAUACACUAUUGAAUGAUGAUGGGUCACUACUGAAAUCAAGAAGGAAAUUAAAAAAAUCCAUGGGACACGAAAAGGGUCCUAGGGUGGAAGUUGAUAGUGGUAAAUAUCUGUAUCAAAGCAUUUCGAAAACUCUGAAAGUAAACUGAUAUACCUCAAAGCCUUAGAAAAACAAGAAGAAACCAAACCACAAGAAUAGAGGGGGAGAAAUCAUCCAAAGCAGGUCAGAAACCAAUGAAAUAGAAACAAUUAAAAAAAUUACAAAGAAUCAAUGAAACGAAAAAGGGGUACUUGGAAAGAUAAAUAGAAUUGACAAACUCUUUAAAAAUUAACUAAAAGAGAAGAUCCAAAUUAAUAGAACUGAAAGGUGGAAAGGAAGUUAUCAGAACAGAUACCAGUGAAAUUCAGAAAACAAUGGGGAUAGACCCUAAGAACCUACACUUAUUUCUUUCUUCUUUUUCUUUUCUUUUUUGAGAUAGGAUCUUGUUAUGUAGUUCUGGCUGUCCUUGGAACUCCUGUGUAGACUAGGUUGGCCUCGAACUCACAGAGAUCUGCCUGUCUCUACCUGAGUAGAGUGCUGGGAUUGUGCCAUUUAUGACUGGCAUCUUCCAAACUUUUUAUGAAACCAGUAUUCUGAUACUAAAAUCAGGUAAACAUGACAGACACACACGAAAAUUAGACUGAUCUCUCUAAUGAAUGUAAAUACGAAAUCCUCAAUAAAAUGCGAACUGAAUUCAACGUCACACUGAAAAGCACUUAUCAUGACCAUUUGGACUACUCUAAUCAUGCAGGGAUGAUUCAACAUACAUAAAUCAAUAAAUGUAAUCCGUAACAUAAAUGAACCACAAAAAACAAAAACAAAAACACACCCAAAACCAGAAAUCACAUGAUAAACACAGAAAAAGCCUUUGACAAUAUCCUGCUAUGGGAUGUCUUUCUGUAUGUUGUGAAUAUGUGUUGUUCUGAUUGGUUGAUAAAUAAUGCUGCAUUGGCCUAUGGCAGAGAAGGAUGGAGCCAGACGGGAAAAUCCAAGAGAUGAUAAUGAGAGGAGAAAGGAGAGGAAGGAGACACCAGAGGCUGCCAGGAGAAGCAAGAGUAAAAGUACCAAUAAGCCAUGGCCAUGUGGCAACUUAGAGAUUAAUAGAAAUGGGUUGUUAUAAUAGCUAGCUAGUAAGAAGCCUGAGCCAUAGGCCAUAUAUUUUGCAAUUAAUUUUAAGCCUCUGAGUGAUUAUUUUAUAAGUGGCUGAGGGACCAGAGGGCCAGGCACAACUGGACAAAUGCAAACCGAGAGGUCGGGCAAGACCAGAGAAAACUUACAGCUAUAAUAUCCAACAUCCUUUCGAGAUCUAAGUCAUGGAAAGGCUAGACAUGGAGGGAGCAUACCUCAAUCUAAUAAAGACUAUAUACAACAUAUAGCCAACAUCAUACUAAAUAGAGAAAAACUCAAAGCAUCAGGAACAAGACAAGAGUUUCCAUUCUUUCCAGUUCUAUUCCAUAUAAUGCUUAAAGACUUAGAAUAAUACAAAAAGAGAAGGGAUACCAAUAGGAAAAGAAGUAUCUCCUUUUGCAGAUGAUAUCAUUCUAUACAUAAGAAGUCCUAAAGAAUCCACCAAAAAAUUCUUUGAGUUGAUAAUUAUGUUCAGCAAAGUGACACACACAAUUUGGGAAUAAAUUAAGCCAAGGAAAUUAAAGACCUCUAUAAUGAAAGUUUUAAGACACUGAAGAAAGAAAUCAAGGAAUACACUAGAAGACAGACAGCCCCCAUACUCAUGGAUCAGAAGAAUACUGUGAAAAAUGACCACCCCACUUAAAGGUCCAAAAAUUUAUAUGGAGGCACAAAUCAGAGAGAGCCAAAACAAUCCUGAAUGAAAAGAAUAGUGCAGAAGGUUUCAUUACACAUGAUUCCAAGUUACACAUCUGAUUCCAAGGUAUACUAGAGCUGUAUUAAUUAAAAAAAAAAGCAUGAUACUGGCAUGAACACACACACAUAGAUCAAUGGAAUAGAAUUUAAGACCCCUAUAUAAGUCCAUGCAACUACAGUUAACCUGGAUUAUACAUCAGAGGAAAAUAAGCAUCUUAAAAAUGAUGCCCAAAAAAUGUCAGGCACAGACAGAAAUGAAACUGGAUCCUUCUCUCUCACUAUGCACAAAACUCCCAAUGGAUCAAAAACCUCAGCCUAAGACCUGAUAGUCUCAGAGUGCUAGAGGGAAAGUACAGCACGUGCUACAAUUUAUACACACAUGAAAGGACUUUCUGAGGAAGACUCCUAUCUCACAGGAAAUAAGACCAAGAACUGACAAAUGGGAUCUCAUCAAACUAAAGGAACUGGAGUAAACAGAUGGCCUACAGAAUGGGAGAAAAAUCUCUGCCAGCUAUUCAUCCAAUGGGGGAUUAGUGUGUAGAAUAUACGAAGAACUAACAAAGCUAAACAUAGUGGGUGUGGUGGCACAUGCUUUUAAUCCAGAACUUGCUUUUGACCCCAGAACUCAGGAGGCAGAGGCAGGCAUAUCUCUGAGUUCAAGGCCAGCCUGGUGUACAUAGUAAGUUCCAGGACAGCCAGGACUACAUAGUGAGACACAUCUGAAAAAUAAACAACACACAAACCAUAAAUAAAACAAGAAUUUUUUAAAAAAGGUAAACAUUAAAAACAAAAACCCAAUGAAAAAAUGGUCUGUGGAACUGAACAGUUUCCAACAAAUUUGGAUCAUCUUCAGGACUAUGAUGCCGGUGCUUCAGUUCUUGUCCUGCAUGCAUGAAAUCUUGGCUUCCAUUCCCAGUGCACGUGAGGAUGUAUAGAUGUAUGUACAUGUGAACCAUUUUGGCUACUGAUUCAGGUACUUUUUCUGCCCUACCUUUUCCAGCACUCCAGUUCCACAAACACUGCAGGCCGUUGUAGACUGUAGACUGCAGGCUGCUCCUUUUACUCUUCAGUUCUCCUCUCAGCCAUCCAUUUUUAAACUGCUUAGACACAAGCCAUUAAUUCACCAAUGUCUUCUGUGGGUAGCUCCAACUAGAGUAUUUUCUAUCUCAUAGUAUGUUUUUCUUUAGAAGUUUCAUGUUUAAUCUUUUUCUUCCUUCAUAAUGUUUUAAUAUAUGCCAUUAUGUGUACUUUAGAUUUAUAAUUAACUCUCCCCCCUUUCUUUCUGAGACAGGAUCUCUGUACAAAGCCCUGGCUGUCCUCAAACUCACUAUGUAGGCCAGGCUGGCCUUGUCUCAGAGAUCCACCUGUUUCUGCCUCCUGAGUGCUGGGAUUAAAGGUGUGUGCCACUUUGCCUGACUUAUAACUGACAUCUUAAGCUUCUUGCCUGUAAACUCAUCAUCUACCCCUUCUGGGUUUCUUCAGAUUGGAAUUUCUCCUAAAGCUCCAUCUUUCUUGCUUUUGGAAUAGACUGAGAAAAUCUGACUGGGUGCCAACACUGAAUUUUACUUAUUAAGAUGGAAAAUGUUUGGGAGUAGGCACUAAGGCUGAUUUGACCCUUCUAAGGUGGUCUGGUUUCAGAACUUAUUCUUCUAGCGUCAUCCCUCUAUUGGGUGAUGCCCUUCUGAGGACACACUGGUGGCCUGAGUGCAGGGGCAAAAGGCAAAAACAAAAGCAAAAUUCCUACACUUUAACAACCAGGCCAUGCUCAAGCUUUCAUCUGUAAUAACCUAUGGUGCCUUUCACAAAUGACCAGUCUCUAAAACCUAGGCAUGGUGGAACAUACCUUUAAUUCCAGCACGUGGGAGGCAGAGGCAGAGGCAGGCAGAUUUCUUGAGUUUGGGGCCAGCCUGGUCUAUAGAGUGAGUUGCAAAAUAGCCAGGGCUACACAGAGAAACCUUGUCUCCAAAAAACCAAAACCAAAACAAAUGGCCAGUCCCAGAAAGCAACUAUAUUGUACUUACUCCUCAAAAGUAAAGGGAUGGUUGCCUGUGCACCCAAAUACGGAUCCUAUGCAAACAGCCUGUGAGGUAAGACCAAGUAAUUUCCUGCUUGGCUGCUCUAAAGAACAUCUACUUCCUCCAGUGGUUUGACUGGAGACUUGCCUGCUGCUAUCAACUAAUUUUUUUUUUGGUCUGUCCAUACCUUUGAAAAAUGUUUAACCAUUUGUUACCAGUCUUCCAUAUACCAUUUUGCAUGGGACUUCACAUUACAGUGUCUUCCCAUCCUGUUUAAGAGAAAUGCUGAGAAAGUCUUGCUGUCUUCAGGUGACCCGCUGCUUGGAUCCAUGUAACAUGCAAAUGAUUGAGCCAAAGGCCUUGGUGGCCAUUAGCUUGUCUCAUCUCCGGAACCUCAGCCACAGUACCUCUCUUCCUCUAUCCAUCCAUGGACUCCUUGUUUGUUUUUCUACAGUGCUGAUAUCUGGAAACUUCCUUCAGGAAAAAACCAUGCCCUCCAAGGGCUCUCUAGGCUUCUUGUCUGUCAUGUGCUACUCAUAUGGAAAACACUGUAUGGCAGGAGGAGUCUGUAAGCCUGGUCCCUCCUAGGGCCCUUGUUCAGUGUAUGUAAGAGCAUGUGCCAGCAAGUAACCAAAUUUCUUAUUCAUCUCUCAAUACCACAUUCUCCAUGGAGAUGGAUCCAGAACAAUGUUAGUCUGGGACUACAGUGAAACCAAGGCAUUUUCAGUUGACAUCUGGGGACCAGUUAUAAGGCUUUCUGUUUAAAACAGACAAAUUGUGAGCAUGACUGCUUCCCCUUCUCACUGCCACAAAUGCACUGCCAGGCAUGCUGUCUAAACUUCUUAUAGUACCAACCCAGGAAAUAUUCAAAUCAGCCCAGGCAUUGGAAAUGUAUUCAAUCUUAAACAAAAGAACAAUGAAACCCUUGUAGGCUAUGUGUAGGUGUUGCUGCUAAUUUCAUUAUGUGUCAUGCUCCCCAACCCCCUUGAAUGAGUUUUAAAAAAUGAGCUGGCUGUGGUGGCACACACCCUCGGGUGGCAGAGGCAGGUAGAUCUCAGUGAGUUUGAGGCCAGCCUCAUCUACAGAAUGAAUUCCAGGACAGCCAGGGCUACACACAGAAACCCUGUCUUCAAACAAAAAUCCUUUUAGAAAACAAAUUUGCUGUCAUGUUUUGUGGAAUGGAGGGGCCACUGAAGAGUUUGUUGCUACUUAGAUUUGAAGUUUGUCACAUGUUCACCAUAGAAAAUCCUUGUCUUAGAGAGAACUACUUACACCAAAAGAUACCAAGUUAGCAGUGCCACUGCUACUCGGAGAUACAUUCAGAAUGGAUCGCCUCAAGCCAUGAAGGGCAGAUACUGAGACUUGCCAUCUAAAUACAAGCCUUACACCUGCUCAGCAGAUACAAAAAGCAAGAUGGACUUAAUGGGGAAAGGAAAUGAUCCAUGCCUUUUCACUAAUGUAUUUUGGUGUUCUAUUCUCUUCAGUGGCAUGGGUGAGAAUGGUUCCCCUAUUUGGGAACCUAUUUGUUCAUGUUUGCGUACUUGGUCCCCAGUUGGUAGAACUAUUCCCGGAGGAUUAGGAGGUAUAGCCUUGUUGGGUAGGUGUGUCAUGGGGGAGGGCUUUGAGGUUUCAAAAGACUAGCACAUUCCUAGUGUCUCUUCAGCUCUAGCGCCAUUCCCCUAUCUGCCUACUACCAUAUUCCCUGCCAUGACAGUCGCAGACUCUAACCCUCUGAAACUGUGAGCCCCAAAUUAAACACAUUUUUCUAUAAGUUACCUUGGUCAUGGUGUCUUAUUAUAACAAUAGAAAAGUAGCUAAGGCAGUAUAUAAAUUUCAAUGAAAAAAUUUCCAGUUAGCAUUUCUUUCCAGCUGUUACCUUAUUUCAUUUCAGGUUUAUAUUGAGUAAUGGAAAUAGUGAAACAUGAAGCUCCCCUGGAGCCUGCCCACAGGCUCUGGCAGGAAGUCUUCAGCCUCCCUUGGCCAAUGCACACUUUAGGCUUUGGUUCCCCAUCUAGAAGUGGAAUGAGCACUCUGCUGAGCUGCAGGCAUCCUAGUAGCCUCUGCAGCCAAUGAAAGAGUUGCCCUCAGGAUUCCCUCACCUACUCUCCCCUCUCCAUCAACUGAGUCCAGAGUCUUCAUCUUCUACUUUUUGUUCCUCAAACUGUCAAGUUAGAAACCCUUGAUGACAGAGCCAAAGAAACUUGAAGUUUCCAGGGAAACAGGAAGCUCAUUCCUGGUGGUGAAUGGCAUAUGGAUAGGAAGCAUGAGGAACUGGCCUGAAGCAUACCACUGUGGAUGUAUAAGUGCUUAAGAGCUGAGGGCUGGAUUCUGAGUAUCUCUGGGCUCCAACAUGGUACUUGCUGUUGGGGCACCCAGGUUUUCCCAUCAUCAGUAUAGUGCCAACAAUUCCUGCUGAUGCUAUAGCUGGAAACCCUGGGUUCCUCUUGGUAGGUGCUUGGUUCCAAUGGAAGAAGUGGAGGGCCAGAGAGGUAGUUUCUGGGAUCUCCCCUGGGAGGCAAGCCCAAUGUUAGGCCUCUCUAGCCACUUCCUCAACCAGGAGACAAAACCAGUAUCCCUGGGGACAGAACCAGAAUCUUUGCCCUUUCAAGAACACUGUUCAUGCAAGGUCACAGCCCUGCCUGCUUUUCUUUGUUGAACUAUCCCAGGAACACAGGGAUGUGCUGCUUUCUCACCUGGAAAACAAAAGAAAAGAAGGCAACCUAUUCCACACCUCCUCUGGGUACUGAUUUACUUCCUGUUCUCUGGUGUAAAAUCUCCAGAAGGCUAGGACCUACUGUCCCCUCCCUCCCACAACUAGCUUUCACCAGCUUGUCAUUGUCACUCUAGGCCUGAUGAUCUUCCCACCUCAGCACUUAGUCAUCUUCUCCUGGGCGCUGGAUGCCUCAAUGCUGGAAAAGUAUGAUCCAUGUAGUGUGCUGAAGUGAGUGAAAACUAGAUGACAACCCAGAAGCAACUGUGUGAGCUGUUAACUGCCUGAAGGAAUAAAAAUGGAACUAACCAA